AUGCGUCUGUACUCUCCGCUGCCAGAUGAAAACCUCAUGGACCUCUCCACGCUGUCGAUCGCUCCUGGACCUGCAUACGCGCGCAGACAUCGCAGUAGCAGCUACUCGAGCAGCUUACACAGCGAAUUCACCGAAAGCGCUUGUAGCAUCAACAGUAGUCAAGUCUACGAACCUGACAAUCGAGACGAAAGCCACCACCACAGCCACCACCACGAGAGCGACGUGAAUUCCGUGGGUUCACGAUAUUUCGCCCGGCUAUCACCCCGCCCCGGGGUGCCAACUGCAGGCACUACCAAUGACGUCGUCUCGCCUUCCGCGAACGGGACACGGACCUCCUUUCGAAAAAGUCGGUUUCGACAGACGACUGACAUUGUCGAAGCGCUGCGGGAACUCCGCGAACACCGCGUGGCCGAUCACGACGACGUACCGCUUGACGGUCGUGUCGCCUUUGCAAAGCCGCGACAAACGACGUCCGUCACGCGUGUGCGACAACUCGUGACUCGGCUGUUGACUCGACGAGACCUCGUUGCCUUCUGCACUGGAUUGAUAGCUGCUGCGCUACACGGGGCCCUGUGGUCGUGCUUGACGACCCAAGUGCGAGCUGCCGUGGCAGCGUUUGCGCCGUUCGACCGCCACGACGUGGCCUCUUCGGCAUUGACCUUACUCCUUAUAUCGUUGGCCCUUGCUGCAACGGCGUGGACUGCUCACGUGUGCCUCACUCGGACCGCAGAGAACCUCCUGGCUUCGUUCAGGCAGCAGAUUCUACGGCACUUGCUGGUUCACUUGCCCCAGUCGUGGUUUGACGUCAAUGAACUGACCCUCGCAGCGCUCGACUGCACCAUUGUGACCCGAGCCGACGCCCAGUUGAUGCGACGCGGUCUCGGCCCGGAACUCGGGGCCCUUUUCCAGUUCUCGGCGCAGUGCGUCACUAGCUUUGUCGUGGCUUUCCGGACCCGAUGGAACGUGGCGCUUGCCAUCACUGCGGUCGCGUCUAUUGCUGUUGUUGUUCUUAGUGUGCGCGCUGCGUCAAAGUGCACGAGGCCCUAUCAGGAGACUGAAGCUGAUGCGACAGUGCAUGAAGCGCUGACUCACCUCCGAACGAUCUGUGCCCUGAACGCCCAACGUCGCGUGCGGGAGAAACACGCGCUCUGUCUCCGUCAAACCGAACGCAAACGCAUUGCACGACACGGGACACAAGCGGUGCUCCAGAGUGCCGUCACUGGAAGUGUCUGGCUCAUGAGUGCAGUUGGGCUCUGGUACGGCGGCACGAAAGUGUACGAAGCUGACGCAACACCCAGUGAAGUAGUUGCGACGCUCCUCGGCGUCAUCAUGGGCAGUCACGCGCUAGGAAACUUGGUCUCGAGCUACGGAGCUGUCUUGCGCGCUAGCAGCGCUGCUUUCAAGCUCUUUGCAGUGCUGGAUACCUUGUCGACUGGCAAAGACCGCCAAGACGAGAGCAGCGGCCAGAACCCGUUGGUCCGCCCCGCGUCGUGCUCGGGGGCAAUCAUGGCCGUCGAUCUGCACUUUGCGUACCCGUCUCGACCACAGCGGCUGGUCUUGCGAGGCUGCAACAUCUCGCUCUUGAGUGGCGAAUGCGUCGCAGUAGUGGGCAGCAGUGGGUCGGGGAAGUCGACGCUCGUGGCGCUCUUGAUGCGGCUGUACGAGCCUUCGCAGGGGCUCAUUUUGCUGGAUGGGUGCAAGGCCCAGACGAUCGACGCCACGUGGAUGCGCGCGCAACUCGGUGUCGUGCCGCAGCACGUGACCUUGUUCCAGGCCUCGAUCUUUGACAACAUCGCACUGGGCGAUGUCGUGCAUCGGGAACUGACCGGAGCGAGCACGGGAGCAGUGAUGAUGGAGCGGGUGAUCCGUGCCGCGAAGCGGGCAGACGUGCACGAGUUCAUCCUGUCGCUCCCUCGUGGCUACGACUCUCGGAUCGAAGACCUUACAGCACCGAAGCUGACAAUACUGCAGCGACAGCGACUUGCUCUGGCGCGAGCACUCAUUCGCGAGCCAAAGCUGCUGCUGCUGGAUGAAGUGGCGAUCAGUCCGCAUGAACUCAUCUCGAGGUUUGGCGACACGGUCCGAGCUGGCAGUACGACGAUGCUCUUGUGCACAAGUCAAGUGAACUCGGCAGCGGUGCAAUACGCAGACAAGCUCGUCGUGCUCGAGGCUGGCAAAAUCGUGGAGCAGGGCACACACGUCGAGCUCCUGCAGCGUGGAAACAGCGCCUACCGUCAACUUCACCUCAGCCAGUUCAGUAACCAUCGACGGGAGCAGAGACCUGCUGAAGAGCCGCCACCACUGCCAACGUGCCACCGACACGUGGCCAAGCCAGCUCCCACGACGCCCAUAGCACGCACGAAACGAGACAUCCAAGCGCUUGCUCGUCCCGAGCGCACGUUCCUGACGUACGGACUCGUCGCGUCGGUCUUUCUAGGCCUUUGUGGCCCUUUGCUCGGUCUCUUGAUCAGUGAAGCGCUCGCCGACAUGAUGCAGCAGUACGAGGCCUUCCUCGAGUCUCUCGACACAGCGAGCUUUGCCGACACGCUGCGGCCUCAGGUGACACGAUGCGGUCUCUUCUUGACCGCAGGUACGCUAGUCGUCAUGGUCAUCCAGAGUGCCCAGCUCUUCUUCUUGGAUGCCGCGGCCGAGCGGCUUGCUUCGCACCUUCGAGACUUGCACUUCAGCUCGCUGUUGGCCCAACCCGUGCCCUUCUUCGAUGCCGCCGAGCACAACCCGACCUCGUUGACGGGUCUGCUGGCCACACAAGCUCCUGCUGCAUCGUUGAUCAUCGGUCGCGCACAAGGCCACAAGGUCCAGCUCGAGUGUACGUUUGCGGCAACGAUUGCCGUAUCCUUUUACCAAGGAAGCUGGAUGCUCUCGCUCGUGUUGAUCGCGGCAGUCCCGCUGCUACUCAUUGGCGAGGCACUGCACAACCAGCGCAGUCUGAACAGCCCGCUCAGAGACGAACUUGAGCUGGAAGAAGCUUCGAACAUUCACGUCCGCGAAGCACUGACGAACCGUCGGGCCGUAGUGAUGCUUGGCCUCGGCCACUCGUGGUGCUCGAGCUUUGACAAGCUCUUGCAGCGUCCAUUGCGUCAUGCUAGACACGAAGCACGGCUUGAAGCGCUGAGUCGCAGCUUCAGUGCAUCGGUGCUGGUUGCUGCUGGUGCCAUAGCUUGCUGGCUGAGCGGUGUUCUUGUGCGCGACGGCGAUGCCACGACUCGAGAGCUUCUCCACUCGAUGGUAGUCGUCCUCGUCGCGGUUCAGUCCUCAGGACUUGCAGUGGCUUGGUUGGGCCAACUCGACGGUGCGUCACAAGCGGGUGCGUCCAUUCUUGCUCUGCGCGAUGCUGCAAUCGCCUUGAACGAACCCGAUAGCCCGACGUCGCCUUCGUCCAAGAAGUCUUCCGACGGUGAGCAGCAGGAGCCACUGCCGCAGAGCCCUUUGCUUCGAGGAGGGAUCACGCUGGAAGAUGUUCGCUUUGCGUACCCUUUGCGACCCACUGUCUCGGUCUUGAACGGAUUGACGCUGCACGUUGGGGCGGGCCAAACAGUAGCACUCUGUGGACCGCGAGGGGCUGGCAUGUCGACGGUGUUCGCGCUACUGGAAAAGUUCUACACGCUGUCAGCAGCUUCAGGCGACAAUGGUCGCGUGCUGCUGGACGAAGUGGACAUCCGAGCACUGGAUGUUGCGUGGCUGCGGGCUCAGAUCAGCUUUGUUGGUCCCGAGCCGACGCUGUUCCUCGGCACAGUCGCUGAGAACAUCGCCUUUGGCAUGGCAGCUCCACCGACACUGGAGAUGAUUGUUGCUGCUGCCGAAGUGGCCCAUGCCCACACGUUCAUCUCGUACCUGCCUGACGCCUACGCGACGCAAGUGGGCGGACCCGUGCAAUUGACGCCAAGCCAGCGGCAACGCAUCGCACUCGCGCGUGCUGUCCUCCAGGACGCCCGACUGCUGCUCUUGGACGAGCCAACGCGGUCGCUCGGGGCCGAGAGCGAGAAAAUUGCCGUGCAACAGGCGCUCGACACGAUCGUCGCCCAGCGCGUGCGUCGCACGACAAUCAUUGCCGCGCAUCCGUGCGAGUCGGCGACCGUGCGGAACGCCGACUUGAUCUACGUCUUGGACAAUGGCCGUGUCGUGGAUCAAGGCACACAUGCCGAGCUGUUUCAGCUCCGAGGUGGAGUGUAUUCGAGGCUCUUGCGAGAGAGCACGUGGUCCGUCGCGUCCUCGAGCUCGUAUACGGUCAACUCGAACCCGACGUAG